CGCCCCAUUGAAAUGCAAUAUUCAAGAUGGCGGCUCCAGUGAGUGAAGAAUCUUGCCUCGAUUCGUACGAUUACUUCUUUCGACCAGAUUUAUUGGCAGGCAAAGUCGCUUUUGUCACCGGGGGAGGGUCCGGCAUUGGAUUCACGAUCACAGAGGUGCUUAUGAGACAUGGCUGCAAUACAGUGAUUGCUAGUAGGAAUUUCGAAAGAGUUAAAAAGGCUGCAGAGAAGCUGGAAAAGUGUACAGGGCAAAGAUGCCUUCCAAUUCAAAUGGAUGUAAGAAAGGUGAACCAAAUAGAAGAAGCUGUCAAUUUGACACUGAAGACAUUCAACAAAAUUGACAUUAUCGUAAACAAUGCUGCAGGCAACUUCUUAUGUCCUGCAGAGAACCUCUCAUACAAUGCAAUCAGAACAGUAUUUGAUAUCGACACUUUUGGGACAUUCAAUAUGAGCAAAGCUGUGUACAACUCCUGGUUUAAAGAUCAUGGUGGUAGUAUUGUCAACAUCACCGCUACCUUAAGUGACGGCGCUUUACCGCUGCAGAUGCAUGCUGGCUCAGCAAAGGUGGCUAUUGAGGCGAUGGCUAAGCAUUUGGCGGUGGAGUGGGGACCACAGGGAGUCCGUGUGAAUUGCGUCGCACCAGGACCAAUAGAAGACACCGAAGGGAUGUCAAGACUUGGUAGAGGUGUGCCAAUCUCGCCUGAAUCCACCCCUUUACGGCGUGUGGGGACACGGCGUGACGUGGCAGACGCGGUGCUGUUCCUCGCAAGUAACGCAAGCUCCUACGUGACAGCUCAGACGGUCGUGGUUGACGGAGGGACGAAGUUUCCGGGAGCCCGAAUGUUGGCUAAUAUCAGUCGAGCUAGCAAGCUAUAGACGCCAUGAGCAAGGGAAACUCGCCUUUGACCUUGAAGUCUUGACCUUAAUGGUAUAUCAGGGACGCUUUUGAUAUUCAACACAAUUAUUGUUGGCUGUGUGAGGGCUGGGGGGUGGGGGGGGGUGUGGGCGAAUGUAAGGUAUGAGGGCUUUUCUGUAGUCUAAACUUGAAUUCUUACAAACAAAAGUUUGUAAGACUUGUUUGGAUAUGAAACAUGGGACUGUGACGGAUCACCCGUUUAUACGUUAUUGUUUCGUGGUGAGGGUGGGGAACCUUAAUAUGUAUACGAGGGGUAUCACAGGUAGCCUAAGAUAAGGAGGGUGGGUGGGUAGGGAGGCGUUUAACUCCACAGCCUAUAGGCGUCGGUUAUCUACAAUGCAGUCAAUAGUCAGUCCCGAUACUAUGAAUAUCCAAAUUGUGAUGCGGAAAAAUGGUAUUGUAGUGCACGAAAUAAUGCACAUAUUAACAUGCAAUUAGAGGCAUAAUCCCAUGUAGGGUGUCCCGCUGUAGAUUAGAGAAUGCCCGCCAUGAAUGAUGGCAUCAGAAGAACAUGAAUAGGUUUAUUAGCUUUUGUCAAAAAGUUUAUUAGCUUUUUUCAAAAGGUUUAUUAGCUUAUGUCAAUGAGUUGAUAAUGAUAAACAGGGUGCACCUGUGAGUUCUGCAA